UCUAUUUAUUGUAUUUCUAAAUCCAAUCCUGGUCUCUGCAACAAAACUUCCAUUUGAGCCGGAAAUCCGUCCACAUUCAUUCAUCUACAAUGGAAGUGAUGAUAACAUACUAUUUAUACCACUUAACCUUCUUGCUUCUCUGAACCAAAUUGAUUAAAACAAAAAAUUGCAAGAAAAAAUCCAAUGGCAUCAAAUCCAAUUCCAGUUGAGAAAUCGGAGGAGGAAUGGCGUGCGAUUCUCAGCCCCGAGCAGUUUCACAUUCUCCGUCAAAAGGGCACCGAGCCUAAGGGAACAGGGCAUUACGACAAAUUCUACGACGAAGGCGUUUACAAAUGCGCGGGUUGCGGUACACCUCUUUAUAAAUCCACAACCAAAUUCGACUCCGGUUGCGGUUGGCCUGCCUUCUUCGAAGGUCUACCCGGCACUAUCAACCGCUCCCCGGAUCCUGAUGGAAGAAGGACCGAGAUAACGUGCGCGGCUUGUGGCGGGCAUUUGGGGCAUGUAUUCAAAGGCGAGGGCCACCCGGUGCCGACCGACGAGCGGCACUGCGUUAACAGCGUCUCGAUUAAAUUCGUGCCUGCCCCGUAAUCUAGUUCGGGAUGUAAUAAAAGCAAAAGUAGUGGGGAUUGGAGAAUAAAUCAUUCUAAUGAAAUGAAAGUUUAUUUUGGGGGUUUAUUUGCCU